AUUUAUCAUAAUUGUUUUAACUAGAUAAAUAAAAGAAGGAAAGACUGGACAGGUUGUGCACCUUUAUGGAGACUAAUCUGUAUCUACAUUAUAGCAGGGCUGACAUGAAAAAAGGGAAAAAGCAAUUCAACUAUACUCUUUUAUUUUUCUUUGGAAAAAGUCCAAACCUACAGCCUCCAUUUACAGUACACCGACUAGUAAUUAUUAAUAAUGUUUGAGUAACAGCAUGUUGUGGAAAAUAAUUUGAUUGUGGCUGAAAAAACCUGUGGAGUGACUGAAGUAGCUGACACAGGGGAAAAACUGAGAGAGCUCACCUGAGAGAGCAGCCAAUCAAAAGAGAUGGGGCGUUUCCAGGGAAACAGAUAAAGCCGGUGUGACAGGUGACAUCUUGACAUAAACCAAGGGCAAACAGACAAGCAAGGGCUGGGGAAGAUAAGUCUACCACUGGGAAGCUUUCAGAGCAUUACUUGGAUCAACUCACAUUCAAAUACUCACAGAGGACUGAACAAGGAACUCUCAGGGGCCACAAAAUCAGUUUGAUAUCAAAAGGAAGAACAUCUGCAGCAGAAGGGUGAGAAAGAACUUGACAAUGUCUUCAUUUGAAGCCCAGGGCCAGUCUCCUCCUCGGUGUGGCCCUCAGUUCCCCAGCCUCGGACAGGAGCCCCCUGAGCUCAGCAUGUACAGCGACUGUUACUACCCUCCUCCGUCACUGCCGAGUCCUCAGCGCACCACUCCGACCUCCUACGACCUGAGCGACUACGCCACCUCCACCCCGAACCCUUACCUCUGGUUCAACGGCUCCGGGAUCAACACGCCGCCAUACCUGGCCACCGCCGGCCCGUCCGGUAACCCCGGCCCCCCCUUUGUGCCUCAGCACUACGGCAUGCAGAGGCCUUACCUGGGUCCGGCCGGAGCUGGGGGCCCAGGAGGGGAGCUGAGCUGGUUCUCUCUGCCCUCACAAGAAGACCUGAUGAAGCUGGUCAGGCCCCCGUACUCCUACUCGGCUCUCAUUGCCAUGGCCAUCCACGGAGCGCCCGACAGGAGACUGACACUGAGUCAGAUUUACCAGUAUGUCGCAGACAAUUUCCCUUUCUACAACAAGAGUAAAGCAGGCUGGCAGAACUCCAUCAGACACAACCUGUCACUCAAUGACUGCUUCAAAAAAGUACCCCGGGACGAGGAUGAUCCAGGAAAGGGCAACUACUGGACGCUUGACCCAAACUGUGAAAAGAUGUUUGACAACGGAAACUUCCGCCGCAAGAGGAAGAGAAAGUCUGACAUCCUCCCUGGAGGUGAAGGCAGUUCGGGGGCUCCAGAGUCAGGCGACAGUGAGAGGGGCAGCCCCAAACUUUCUGGAAACCCUGCCCUGAACAUCUCCGCCUCACCGGACAGGAUCCCGUCCCCCUCGUCAUCGGGUCCCGCACCGUGUCUGAGCAGCUUCUUGUCUGAGAUGUCUGGAGUGACCUCUGGCGCAGCUAAUGAGGUGGGAGGUGACGGGUUGAGCAGGCCGCUGCAGAUUAACCUGCCUUUAGAUGGGUCUCUUAGGCCCACACAACCCGGAAGCUUCAGCAGCUACUCCCCCAACUCGGUCGGCUCAGAGUGGGUACCACAAGUGUCUGCUCCCCCUGUGCUCUCCUCCUCACCCACCCAUUCCUCCUUAGGGUACUCAAGCCCCAUCCUCAGCCAGUACAACAGCUCAAAUGGGCAUUUCUACCCUAUGCUGGGCUCGUCAGGGAUCAUCUACCAUCGCGAGGGCACAGAAGUUUGAUGAGACAAUUAAGAGGGGGAAAGUUUGUUUUUAAAAGACACUCAAUGGGAAAGUGUACCUGUCUGGUUACUUGUGUUUUUUAGAGCAGUGAAAGACAAUACACACACACACACACACAAACACACACACACAGAGUAUGUUUGCGCUGACUGCGACAGUUGAGAUCACGACAGCGUGUGACACCGGAGUAAAAAGACUUUGAUUCUCACAGGAACAGCUGAGUCAGCCGCGGCGGAGCAACGAGUGUCACUCCCUGAAACCGCACUCAGCCUCUCUAUCAGAUCCUCAGUCAGCUUUUAUUCAAUCCAGAGGCGCUCUCUAUCAGAUCUGACUCAUUAUUAACAGAUUCCAGAUCUGAUCUGCUGACACCAGGCCAUUCCACACUGUUAUCUGGGAUUCUCUGAUGCUAUCUCACACACAAUGCUCAGGCAGCACAUUUAGAGGAGUAGUUAAAUUACACCAUUGUCUACGACAUGUUGUGUAGUCAGUGGCUUCCCUAGAAAUAUAACAAGGUGAAAUAAAAAUGAGUUCUACUGCUUAGUUCAACUAUCCGAUGAACUAACAGUCUUGUAGUUUGAUAUACGAAUAAGUGUAAAUAUGUUUAUGUGUCGUGUAACGUUAUACAUUUGUAUUGUUGUUUUCUUGGUGUACAAAAUGCAUUGUUGAUGUAUACUGUUCAUUUUGUGUUUUUAUUAUGAAUAAAAUCUUUUAGAGGUCAA